UUAAUGUAUCAACAAUCCUGGUUCGCAUGUUAGUGAAUUGCCAAAAAUUGCUGAAAUUUGGUGUGCAUUAUAUAUAAAAUCAGCACGUAAAUAAAUUACAAAUAGAGUGCUGGUUUUAUGUGUUGUAUUUUUGCUGUGACGGUGUUUAAUUUGUCCCCUAUUAAACAGCAGAGGAGCACGAACGUCAGCUCGCGUCGCAGCGACGAAGAAGAAAAAAAAAAUUAGCCAGCAAUUGUUGGAGCAAAAUUAAACGGAAUUUCGAGCUGUGAAAAUUAAACGCAAAAGCAAAUUGUGAAAAGUUGCACUUAAAAGAGAAUGAGCACAACGCCGGCCAGUCUCAUCGAGGCGGCUUUAACUGUGAGCAGCGUCGCUGCCGCUGCUGCUGCUGCUGCUGCUGGCAACGCAACUGCUGCAUCGACGACCCUGAAACCGAAUACGAACUACGUUGUACAAAUGAAAAGCCCGUCGAGCGUCGCACAGGAGCCUUUGGAUCCCCUCCUGCACGUGGGCGAUGGCAUAUUCCUGCAAACGAAGACCGCACAGGUGCUGGCAGGCGUGUUUGUCUGGGCGGCGCUGUUUGUCACGUGUCAACAGAUCUAUCAGCAUUUACGUUGGUACACCAAUCCUCAGGAGCAGCGUUGGAUAGUUCGCAUACUGUUCAUUGUGCCCAUCUAUGCGACCUACUCGUGGAUUAGUUUGCUAUUCUUUAACUCGGACAACGUUUACAUUUACUUCUUCACGGUUCGCGAUUGCUACGAAGCCUUUGUAAUUUAUAACUUUCUGUCGCUAUGCUAUGAAUAUCUCGGCGGCGAGGGUAACAUCAUGUCUGAGAUACGCGGCAAGCCCAUAAAGACCUCCUGUUUGUAUGGCACCUGCUGUCUCAAGGGCAAGACAUACACUAUUGGGUUUCUGCGCUUCUGUAAGCAGGCCACGUUGCAGUUCUGCUUGGUUAAGCCGCUGGUGGCAUUUAUCAUCAUAUUUUUGCAGGCCUUUGGACAUUAUCAUGAUGGCGAUUGGAGCGCCGAUGGUGGAUACAUUUACAUAACCAUCAUCUACAACAUUUCCGUAUCGCUGGCAUUGUAUGGCCUAUAUCUGUUCUACUUUGCUACGCGCGAUCUGCUGACACCGUUUGAGCCCGUACUGAAGUUCUGCACCAUCAAGUCUGUCAUAUUCUUGUCGUUCUGGCAGGGCGUGGGUCUGGCCAUACUCGAGAAGGCGCAGGUCAUAUCGCCCAUUGUGGACAGUGCUGGCACUGUCACCUCGGCGGGUACAGUUUCCGCUGGCUAUCAGAACUUUUUCAUAUGCAUUGAAAUGCUGUUUGCAGCCAUUGCGCUGCGCUAUGCUUUCCCCUAUCAGGUCUAUGCGCGCAGCUGCAUUGGUGACGGCCAUGGACGCUCUGUGACUAUGCAGUCCAUCUCAAGCAGUCUCAAGGAAACCAUGAAUCCCAAGGAUAUUAUGACAGAUGCUAUACACAAUUUCCAUCCGCAGUACCAGCAAUAUACGCAAUAUAGUUCAGGUGGCAAGAACUCGCGCGGCAUACGCAUCUCCAGCUACGACCCAGAUGAUCCGAACAGCGGCGGCGGCGGCAACCAGGCCGCCUCCAUGGGCGCCUCCAAUGCGUGCAGCGGUGGAUACAAUGCGGUGGCCACCGGCGGCGGCAACAACAGCUGUGUGGCAUCCAAGACGCUCGGAAAUCAGCGUAAAUUUAUUCCGGGCGGACAGCGUGUGGCCACCAUUAGCCAGAACUACAACGAGAAGACGAUGCUGCUAAGCAGCGACGACGAGUAUCAGUAGAGGAACGCUGGCGGGAGCUGGAGUGAGAGGAGAGGAGUUGGUCAAGAUCCCGAGUGGUUCCAUGUUUUGUUUUGACGAGUUGUUCGUUGUCAUUUUUCUUUUGGGAAUAUUGAAAAUGUUUCGUUUGAUUUGCUUGUACAAUAAUCUUAAGUAGCGCAACAGCAAAAAAAAAAAACAAAAAAACGAUAGAAAAUGAUUGAUAUAUUUAUAUACAUAUAGAAACGGCAGAUGAUUUAUAUACCAGAUGUGUAUAUAAUUUGUUGCCAAUCAAUAUGAUUAGUUUGUAUUUUUACACCGUGUAUGUAAGAUGUUUGAUGAAUGAAAGUUAAGUUUAGUAUGAAAUUUUGAUUGCAUUUCGUUUGAAAAUCGUUUGAGAAACUUUGUAUAAAUCAAAAGAAGACAAAACUUCACCUCUAGCGUCUAAAAACCGUCGUUGAGCAAAUCUGCAGGCUGCUUAUACAAUAAAACUUCAACAAAUAUAUAUAUAUAUAUUGAAAAAUUCAAAGAAAAUAAA